AUGACGGAAGUCGUGUACGGUUCGGAUACCGCUGGUUUGUGGCCUCGGUCGGUCGCCUGUUUCGAUGAGGGAGCGGACGAGACGAACCGAAUCUGCCUUAAGCAGAAAGGCGCCGAUUUUCAGGCAGAGUUGGUGCCGGCUGGCCUCACGAUGACCGUUCGAUGGCUAGGCCUGACGACAGCGGUUUCGACUGCUGUCCUAGCCGAUGCCGUUCUUGCCAUUUUUGUCACUCGUUCGUUGUGCGUUUGA